CGCUUUGUUUGCUGAUUCGAUUCUUCCAAACAAACCCGUGGUGGUGAAACAGAUUUAAUGCCCAUCACUGUCAUCCCGCAUUGCCAUUCUUUUCAAGCAAGGGUCUCCACUUCAUCCCGAGAACCUUUCAGCCUUUUUUUCCGGGAGUGGUAAGUUUCCUUCUCACUGAUUACCACCAACGAGAGGAUAUGAAGAAUUUCCUCGCUUUUCUGCUUUUGGAAUUGUUUACGGUUUAUCAUGCUCUGGGACUCAGCCAUGAAGGCUCAGGGGCCAUUUAUCCCAACAGCAACAAUGAGGUGGUGCAUGAGGAAACAUAUUACACUCCAGAGGUGGACUAUACGUAUCCUCAGUGGUGUCAAACAUUUAAAUUACACAAUGGGCACAUCAAAUGUUCCUCCCCACGAGGUGGGAACCAUCGGAACACAUUAGGCACACGGUGUUCAGUGUCCUGUGAACGGGGAUACAAACUUUUGGGGCAAUCGUCUGUACACUGCAUGGGCAGCCGCCGCUGGUCAGGAACUGCUUUCUGCAGGAUUGUGCGUUGCCAUGUGCUUCCUUACAUCCAGCAUGGUACAUACAGCUGCAGCAGGGGCUUUUUGGUUCACUCCAGGUGUGACUACUCCUGCGUUCAAGGCUACCAGAUUGAAGGGGAUCGUUAUCGUGUGUGCCAGGAAGGCAGAAGCUGGAGCGGUGCAGAGCCCACAUGUGCAGAUCAUGACCCCCCCAAACUGAAAUGUCCUUUAUCCAGAGUGAAGGUAGCAGAACCAGGAAAACUGACUGCCACAGUGUCCUGGGAGCGUCCCACUGCGACUGAUACGGCUGACACAUCACUGCAGAUUUUAAGAAAUGGACCAGAAUCUGGUUCAGAAUUUAGUGAGGGGCAGUAUGUAAUUCGCUACAAAGUCUAUGACCAGGCCCGGAACAUGGCCACCUGCAAGUUUACAGUGCAUGUUGAAGUCAAGAGAUGUCCUGUGCUAAAGCCCCCAUUGCAUGGAUUCCUGAGCUGCUCAUCUGACAACAAUAAUUAUGGAGCUGUGUGCGAGUAUCACUGUGAUCCUGGUUAUGAGAGGAGUGGCAUCACCACCCGUGUCUGCCUGUUGAACCGCAGCUGGUCGGAUCAAGCUGCAGAGUGCACAAUGAUGGAGAUUAAAACUGAUGUGAGGUCUGCUGGUGCAUUACUCGACCAGUUCUAUGAGAAGAGAAGACUCCUCAUUGUAUCCACUCCAAGUCCAAGUGAUCAGUACUUCAAGCUUCAGAACAUCAUGCUGCAGAGAGCUGCAUGUGGCCUGGAUCUUCGACAUGUGACGGUGAUUGAAUUGAUAGGAAUUCCACCUCAAGAAGUGGGCCGAAUUAAAGAACAACAACUAGAGCCAGAGGUCAUUGAGGGUCUCAGACAGGCUCUACAAAUCACUAGCUCCUACUUCAACAUGGUGCUGCUCGAUGAACUUGGCGUGGACCGAGAACGUUUCAUUAACCCCACCACAUCAGAUGAACUCUACACUUACAUUGAGGAGUAUCUUCUCACGGAGGAGGAGCGAGAGAGGCUGCAGCUAAACAGAGACCUUUGUGACUGAGCCAGAAACGAUCAACACUUCUGGGGGUCAAGAACAGCAAAGCUGUGCUUUGUGAGGAUUCUACAAUCUAAAUUUAGAUGGUUUUGCUGUCACAACCAUUACAGAUGUCUAUAUUGUUCUGUGUAUUAAAAUACCAGCCUUCAGGUCCUUUUUAUGUGUUGUGCUUUUAGGCAUAAAUCUAUUUCAUAAUCUCCAGUAUUUUGUACAUAUCACAGCUAACAGGAAGAGUGCAAAAUAUUAUAUAAUAUUUAUUAAGAGAAUUGUAUAUGACUUUUAAAAGCUGUGCACCGUUGGACCUACAGUAACUGAGCUUAAAUAAUUCCAGCUUUGUGUACACAUUUUUAGAAUUAUGCAGCUGUACUCAUGUCAGCAAAGAUUAAGAUUUGUGCAUCAUUUUUGCUCCAGCAUUUUUAAAAACAUUUAACAAUAUUAAAAUGUUUAAACAAAAAAAAAAAGAAAUAAAUGCACUGAAUUGCA